AUGGAAAACAACCUUAGGGCAAUCGACAACGUCACUACACUCAAGGAAUCGCUCGAAACCGUUUCGCGAAGCGAUGAUAUCUGUGUCGAAAAGAACGGUGAAUACAUCAUCGACGAUGUAGAGCGCCUCACCUUCGAAUGCAAGGCGGUGCUCGGUAAAGGCGGAGAUGCCGUUGUGGAAAAGGUGCAACACAGAAUUACAAAAGCAAUCUUUGCAAAGAAAGUAAUCCAGUUUCCUCACAAGAAGUCUAAAGGCAGAGAUCAGGCGAAAGGGCGAUAUUACAAUGAGGUCGCAAUCAUUCGGAAGCUUAAAGCUCAUCCCCACAUGAUUGAGCUAUUUGCUACAUACAUGACACCCCAAUCAGGUGGCUUAAUUCUGUCUCCAGCUGCAGACCAAGGCGAUUUGAAACAAUACCUCGAACACUACGUCGAUGCACUCGAUGAUUCCACGACAGCGCCUGCAGUCAUAGCUAGGAUGACUACUGUCCUGGAGAAGACCUUUGGAUGUUUGUCAAGUGGACUCGCACAUAUGCACGCAAUGGGUAUCCGUCAUAAAGAUAUUAAGCCGGCGAAUAUCUUGAUUCACAAAGGAGCGGUUGUCUACACUGACUUCGGCGCAUCGAAAGACACCCUGGAAGAGAGAGAAUGUACAACAGAAGGAAGACCUGACUUCUUGACGAGAAAGUACUCUGCGCCUGAGGUACUCGAGUACGAGAAGAGGAACUUCGCUGCAGAUGUUUUCUCGGUGCUCUUCAGCGAGGCAACUGGUGGAGAUGCAGUGAAUGUACUGCAAAAAGUCAACAACGCGACCGAUUACAACGAUUCUGUGUCGAUAGUGAAGUAUGGUGAGAUGGUUCACACGCAAGUCCGGAGGUUCAUUGUUGUCAAGCACAAGAGAGAGUUUUGUUUCGCUGUGCCCAUUCUCACCUACCAAGGUCAAGGCACGAAGAAGGUUGUGUCUCCAGGCAAGCACGCCAUCGCUUACUCACAUGGCUAUGAUCCCCGAUUACUGCCGGACGAGCGCCCCCUUGCUAAACAUGCUAUAUGUAUCGUUAUGAACAAUGGCGAGAACCCUCUCGUAGCUGCGUCGAGGAUCUACUUUGGAGUUCACCAUCCGGUCCAGUACAACGUCAAAGUAAAGGACCUCGGUAUUGUACACCAAGACUGGUUGCCAACAUUCAUUGGCUAUUGGCACAUGGAAACCCUUUCCGAUACUCAGAAAUCUGACGACAGCACCGAAAAGGCGGCUUAG